GGAGAAACAGUAUUGGAAGUACCAACCACUACAGAAGGCUGCUCUGACAGGAGACUGGGAAGAAGCCAAACGGAUCAUUGAUGGAGAUGGAGAUGCACUCACAGCCAAGAUCACCACAGACGAGGAGAUUGCACUCCACGUAGCCGUUGCAACAGGUAAGUCAAUCGAGUUCGUGAAGAAUUUGGUGGAUUUGAUGCCAGUGGAAGCGCUGGAACAAAACGACAUUGCAGGUUACACUGCCCUGAACAUUGCAGCCCAGUUCGGCAACACAGAUGCUGCUAAAAUUUUAGUAGCCAAACACUCGGAUUUGUUAUACAUUCGCAACAAAAAUGAUUGGUUACCUCUCCACAGGGCUGCUCGAAGUGCUCAUAAGGACACCCUUUCAUAUUUAUUAAUGGUCACUAAACCUGAUCGUAAGACCAAAAAACCAAUUGAGAAUGAUUUGGAGCACAUGGCUCCCUUUGACGAUGAUUCUGGUGUUGAGCUUCUUGUUCUUGUCAUAGCUUCUGGAUUCUAUGAUAUAGCUUUGGAUUUGGUUAGGCAAUAUCCCCACGUAGCUAAAUCAAGAUUUCAGAGUCGGUGUGCUCUGGGAGAAAUGGCUAAAAAGGUGUCUGCAUUCAGAAGUGGAAGUCAUUUCAAUCAUUGGCAAAGCAUAAUAUAUUAUUCAAGGCAAAAAGUGAAGGCCAUGCUUUGGAGAGUCUUGGAAUUAUUAGUGCCUCCCAUUAAACACAUACAACAUAUACAAGAGCAAAAAUUGAAGCACAAUCAAGCACUCCAACUAGUCAAAUACUUAUGUGAGCAAGUUAGAUCUUUAGAAGACUUGAAAGCUUAUAGAUCACUUGCUAAACGUCCACUCCUUGUAGCAGCAAAGUUAGGGAUUCACGAGAUUAUAGAAGAGAUUGUGAAUUUGUUUCCUAGAGCAAUUCUUGCUAAAGACUCAGAAGAUCGAAACAUAUUUCAACUCGCAGUUAUAAAGCGCCAUGAAAAUGUUUUCAACCUCUUGUAUCAAAUGGGUGAGUUUAAACAAUAUUUCACACGAUUGGAAGACGAUAAUGGGAACACACUGCUACACUUGGUUGGAAACCAAGCACCUAUAGAGAAACUCAAUGUUGUUCCUGGUGCAGCUCUGCAGAUGCAGCGUGAGUUACAAUGGUUUAAGGAAGUGGAGAAGUCUGUGAACCCUAGUUAUAUAGAAAAGCAAAAUGACGAUGGAGAAACUCCUUCAACAGUUUUCACCAACGAACACAUGGAUUUAGUAGUUGAGGGAGAGAAAUGGAUGAAAAACCGAGCGAUCUCAUGCACAAUUGCAGCGACACUCAUUACUGCUAUAGUAUUUACUGCUGCAAUAAUUGUUCCAGGUGGGAGCAAUAACACAAGUGGACUCCCAAUUUUCUCCACAGAAAAAGCAUUUACUGUUUUUGUAGUUUCGGAUGCAAUUGCUCUGUUCAUGUCCACCACUUCUCUUCUGAUAUUCUUGUCCAUCCUCACUUCGCGAUAUGCUGAAGAAGACUUUCUCUAUGUUCUUCCCCAUAGGCUGAUUAUUGGCUUUGUUACAUUGUUCCUCUCCAUAAUAACCAUGAUUGUAGCCUUUAGCUCGACACUGUGUCUUAUGUUGGGUGACAAGAACAGCUGGCUACUUAGUUUAGUUGUUACAUCAGCAUGUUUACCAAUUUCUUCUUUCAUGCUCCUACAGUUCCCCCUCCUUGUGGAUCUCAUGUCUUCAACAUAUGGACCUGGCAUUUUCGGCAAGCAAAGUUAUCGGUCUUUUUAUUAAGAUCAACAAGAAGAUGAAGAAUUCCAAGCAUAUAUCAUCUAGUUUCAUCCAUUGUAACCAAUAAAUGGAUUAUGGUCCCUAAGUUUUCUUCUGUAAUAAAAACAUGUUGCAAUGUUCAACAUGAAAAAUUGUGUGACAAAUGAUAGUAACAUAUAC